AUGGCUCAACAGGGAGUUCUGCUGGACCAGGACCAGUUCUGUUGUUCUGUCUGUCUGGAUCUACUGAAGGAACCAGUCACCAUCCCCUGUGGACACAGUUACUGUAGGAGCUGUAUUGAGGGCUGCUGGGAUCAGGAUGUUCUGAAAGGGGUCUAUAGCUGUCCUCAGUGCAGACAGACCUUCAGUCCGAGGCCUACGCUGAGUAAAAAUAACAUUUUGGCUGAGCUGGUGGAGAAACUGAAGAAGACAGGACUCCAGGCUGCUCCCCCUCCUGCUCUGUGCUAUGUUGGACCUAGAGAUGUGGCGUGUGAUUUCUGCACUGGGACCAGAAAGCAGAAAGCCCUCAUGUCCUGUCUGGUGUGUCUGGCCUCUUACUGUGAGACUCACCUCCAAUCUCACUACGAAUUUCCUGCUUUGAAGAGGCACAAGCUGGUCAAAGCCACCGCACAACUACAGGAGAAGAUCUGCUCUCAUCAUGACAAACUGCUGGAGGUUUACUGUCGUACCGAUCAGCAGUGUAUCUGUUAUCUGUGUACAAUGGAUGAACAUAAAGGCCAUGAUACAGUGUCAGCUGCAGCAGAGAGGACUGAGAAACAGAGGCAGCUGGGGAUGAGUCAGCAGAAGGUCCAGCAGAGAUUCCAGGAGAGAGAGAAGGAGCUGAAGGAGCUCCAACAGGCUGUGGAGUCUCUCAAGCGCUCUGCACAGUCAGCAGUGGAGGACAGUGAUCAGAUCUUUACUGAGCUGAUCCGCUCCAUUGAGAGAAGGAGCUCUGAGGUGAAGGAGCUGAUCAGAGCCCAAGAGAAGGAUCAAGUGAGUGAAGCUGAAGGAGUCCUGGAGCAACUGAAGCAGGAGAUAGCUGAGCUGAGGAAGAGAAGCACUGAGCUGGAGCAGCUCUCACACACAGAGGAUCACAUCCAUUUCCUCCAGAGUUAUCAGUCUCUCUCCAGUAUCAGUGUAUCUUCAGACUUACCCAGCAUCGUUGUCCGUCCUCUUCAGUACUUUGGAGAUGUGAGUAAGACUGUGUCUGAACUGAGAGAGAAACUAGAAGACUUCCUUAAAGGAGAAUGGACCAAGAUCUCCACUACAGUGAAUAUAGUGGAGGUUGUUCUGCCUCCAGAGACCAAGACCAGAGAACAGUUGUUACAAUAUUCCUGUCAGCUCACACUGGACCCAAACACAGCAAACAGACGCCUCUCUCUGUCUGAAGGGAACAGAAAGGUGACCUAUACACGCCAAGUCCAACCAUAUCCUGGUCAUCCAGACAGAUUCACCAACACGUUGCAGGUUCUGUGUAGAGAGGGUCUGACUGGGCGCUGUUACUGGGAGGUAGAGUGGAGUGGUAAUGUUUAUACAGCAGUCUCAUAUAAAGACAUCAGCAGAACAGAGAGAGAUAAUAUAUUUGGAUUCAAUAACAAGUCCUGGAGUUUACAGUGCUAUAGUGAUGGUUAUUAUUUCAGACACAAUAAUGUUGUGACUAAAGUAUCAGGCCCUCAGUCCUCCAGAGUAGGAGUGUACCUGGAUCACAAGGCAGGUACUCUGUCCUUCUACAGUGUCUCUGACACAAUGACCCUCCUCCACAGAGUCCAGACCACAUUCACUCAGCCCCUCUAUCCUGGGUUUAAUCUCUUUGGUACUGCUGAGCUGGUUAAACUGUAGUAGGGUCCACAUAGAUACUAGUCGUGCUGGUGUAGUCUAUAGCUGAGCUGGUUAAACUGUUGUCAUUCAGAACCAUUGAUAUGUUUUCUCAGUUAGUUCUCUGUCUCUAUGUAAUUCUCCUCAGUAUCAUUGAUCAGCUCGGCCCUAAUUGAUGUUUCUCUGUCACCUGGAGCUGCAUGGAAAAUGGUCCAGGAACAAAAGGACAAUUCAGGACUAGUCAGUCCACUACAAGCUGGUAUCACUUACUUUCUACUAAACUAUAUGGACUGGUUUCCCAGACACAGAUUAAUCCUAGUCCUGGACUAAAAAGCGUGUUCAAUGUAGAUGUCCAGGAAACCGGCCCUAAAUGUGUCAUCUUUCAUCCUCCCAUACUGCUCAGUCCAGCAACAUUAAACCUGUCCAGCAGGUGGUGCUAUUGACCAAACAAUAAAACCAGCAGAUAUCUGGACUUGCCACUCAGUAUAUCAGUAAUGUUCAGAAUAGGACUUUAAUAUCAUUGGAGAUUGAUGGUCUUU